UCCGCUCGGAGACGUUUUGUUUUGUUAUUUUCGCCGCAGCUGAAAAACUCUUCGCUCUCGGAUCGUUCGGAUCUUUUCUGUUCCGCUGGUUCCGUUUGUCCCGUUUAAGGCUUUAGUGCUUUCGGACCGGGUCAGAACCUCCCUCGGAAUGGACUCAGACGAGGGUUAUAACUAUGAGUACGACGACGAAGAGGAGGAAUGCAGCGAGGACAGCGGCGAAGAGGAGCCCGAAGACGACACCCUGGAUCUCGGGGAGGUGGAGCUGGUGGAGCCCGUGGUGGCCGGAGGAGAGCGGGACGAGUGCAGCGAGACCGGCGGCGGAGGACACGGCCCCGGGGACGAGGAGGAGGAGGACUACCGCUUCGAGGUCCUGACAGCCGAGCAGAUCCUCCAGCAUAUGGUGGAGUGUAUCCGGGAGGUCAACGAGGUCAUCCAGAAUCCAGCAACAAUAACGAGAAUCCUGCUCAGUCACUUUAAUUGGGACAAAGAAAAACUCAUGGAAAGGUAUUUCGAUGGAAACCUGGACAAACUUUUCUCAGAGUGUCACGUCAUAAACCCGAGUAAAAAGCCCCGGAUUCGUCCUCCAAUCAACACCAGGUCCUCUGCCCAGGACAUGCCCUGUCAGAUCUGUUAUCUCAACUUCCCAAACUCUUAUUUCACAGGCCUGGAGUGUGGACAUAAGUUCUGUAUGCAGUGUUGGGAAGAUUACCUGACAACCAAAAUUAUGGAAGAAGGAAUGGGGCAGACCAUUUCAUGCCCUGCUCAUAGUUGUGAUAUACUGGUGGACGACAACACAGUAAUGCGCCUCAUACCAGAUUCUAAAGUGAAGUUGAAAUACCAGCAUUUAAUCACUAAUAGUUUUGUAGAGUGCAAUCGACUUUUGAAGUGGUGCCCUGCUCCAGACUGUCACCAUGUGGUCAAAGUCCAGUACCCCGAUGCCAAGCCCGUCCGCUGCAAGUGCGGCCGGCAGUUCUGUUUCAAUUGUGUAGAGAACUGGCACGAUCCUGUUAAGUGUAAGUGGCUGAGAAAAUGGAUCAAGAAAUGUGAUGAUGACAGUGAAACGUCCAAUUGGAUCGCUGCAAAUACUAAGGAGUGUCCAAAAUGCCACGUUACCAUCGAGAAGGACGGCGGGUGUAAUCACAUGGUGUGUCGGAACCAGAACUGUAAGGCUGAGUUCUGCUGGGUGUGUCUGGGCCCCUGGGAGCCCCACGGAUCCGCCUGGUACAACUGCAACAGAUACAACGAAGACGAUGCCAAGGCUGCCAGAGACGCUCAGGAGCGCUCUCGGGCGGCUCUGCAGAGGUACCUCUUCUACUGUAAUCGCUACAUGAACCACAUGCAGAGCCUUCGCUUCGAGCACAAACUCUACGCUCAGGUGAAGCAGAAGAUGGAGGAGAUGCAGCAGCACAACAUGUCGUGGAUCGAGGUGCAGUUCCUGAAGAAGGCCGUGGACGUUCUGUGCCAGUGCCGCUCCACCCUCAUGUUCACCUACGUCUUUGCCUUCUACCUCAAGAAGAACAACCAGUCCAUCAUCUUUGAGAAUAACCAGGCCGACCUGGAGAACGCCACUGAGGUUCUGUCCGGGUAUUUAGAGCGAGACAUCUCCCAGGACUCUCUGCAGGACAUCAAGCAGAAGGUGCAGGAUAAGUACAGAUACUGUGAGAGCAGACGGCGAGUGCUGCUCCAGCACGUUCAUGAAGGUUAUGAGAAGGACCUGUGGGAGUACAUCGAGGAUUGAGGACACGUCUCUGUGCAACGGACUCUUGAGUAUCUGACAAACUAGAGCGCUGACGCAAAGAUCCAGGCAGCACAGGCCCUCUCCUCUGACAAAACAACCACUUUUGCAUUGUUUUCCUGGAUUUGUUUAACAAAAUCUUCAAAGUAAAUUCUAUUUAAAUAAAAAGGUAGAAUAAUAAAAGAAGGUGUACUACAGUAUUGUUAGCUGCAGAGUGGGUCAUGAGAACCAGGGUCACACCUUCAGUUUGGCUUGUAUCGUAACACCCCCUGAUCUUUUGUUUUGCUUGUGGAUCUUUUUUCUGUUUUUGAUUUUGACUUAGUUUUCCCGUUAGUGUGACAUGUUUUCAACAGCUUUAAUGUCCUGGAAGUGUCUGCAGUGUGUGUGGGGCCUGACGGGUGAGGGGCCUGACAGGGCCUGACAGGUGAGGGGGAGGAAGGGGCAAAGGCAUUUCAGGGUGACAAGAAACAACAAAAGAACAAAAUAGUGUAUUUUUCAAUUUGUAAAUAGUCCUUGUGCAUGGAGUCAAGAGAAAGGACGGCACGCGUCUGCAUCAUUUAAAAUAUUUAUUGAAUCAGAUGAACUUGUCCAUCUCGGUUUGAGGGCUCCUCGGGGAAAAGUGGAGCUAGUGUGUAACUCGAUUCUAACCCUAUUCUGACCCAGAUACGUGUUCGGAGAACUUUCCCUUUUGCCAAAUCUUCAGGAAGUGCUCCGUUGAGUUGGGUCGAAGUUAUGAAAAUGCAUUGUACGAUUGGAGAAAAGGACUCCUGCUAACGCUAUUCUAAUCCUGUGUUUCCCUCUUAGUUGUUUUUAAAGGUGUUUAACAUUAAGAGAUAAAUAACUAUUAUUUGCAAGAGCCAAACUGAGUGACAUUCACUCCUUUUUUAUCUUUUUCCCCCAUGAGGCUUGAGAAUGCCGUCUGAAGCCCAGCUUGCACCUUGAGGUGGUGAAUGUAGGAGCGGCGUGUUGUUGUAGAGAGCUCUGUCAGACAGGUCUGCAGUGACAUGUGCUUUAUGGAGCUACACUAAGGACCGGCCAGGUCCUUCACAAAAGGAAAUGGGGCAAACUUCUAAAGGUUCUAGGACUGUUUUAUAACGCUGUUAUGCUUUUGCAUUAAACCUGUAUUUUUCAGUAGUGAGGACACUGACAUGUCGGUGCCCCUCUGGUUCUUCUCGGUGGUUCCGUUAUCGGCGCCGGGCUGUGAUUGGCUGAACGGCCUCGGACGCGGGUCCCUCCUGGCGGCGCCGAACGUCCACCAUCUUUACCACGUUCUCCCACUUCACUUCUGUGGGGACUUCUCUCCCAAAUGCUUCUCAUGUGUUCAAACGUAUUAUUUUAUCCUAGCAAAUUAUAACUGUAUUGUUUAUUUGAAUAAAUGUUAUAAGAAAUAUCAA